AUGUCACUUUUGAUGAUACUCCUAUUUGGAUGUGCUUACGCUGAUGAAUACUGUGUAAGAACAACUACUGCUGAGAUCUGUCCAAACACAACCAAUAUUGCUAACUGUAUUUCAUACUUGUCCACUGGAGAUUGUAAUAUAUGCUCAGUUGGAUACUUUGCAAGCUAUGAUGCAUGUGAACUGUGCCCUGAUGAUUGUUCAGCUUGUGGAUUUAAUGGAACGUGUACGUCGUGCAAACAAGACUUCGUAUUACAAGAUGGAGGCUGUGUUUAUGCGGAAAACUGUGAGUUAAUAGUCGACUCAAAAUGUGUUUUGUGUUCAAACAACACAAUACUUAAUGACUCACAAUGCAUUGCAAGUGCAAGCGAGUGCGUUUUGAGCAGUCCGAAGGGGUGUGAUGUGUUACCUCUUGAUACAUCCUCUUAUGAAAACGUCAAUGUGAAUUGCCCUGCAAACGAAUUGUUUUUGGAGAACCAGAGAUGCGAAGCCACACCUACAUGUUCUUUAAUAUCAAAUAACUACUGUGACACAUGUCCUAUCAAUUCAACGUCUAAUAAAUAUGCAUGUUUUUCCAUACCUCAUUGUUCACAAUAUUCACAAGGGAGAUGUGUCUUGUGUGAUGACGGCUACGUUACUACUGACCAAAACACAAAUUGCGAAAUCAGGCAAGAAGAGUGCAUAAAAGUACAACACGGAAGUUGUGUUUUAUGUUCUGAAAAGUAUUUUGUUAACGAGCGGUCUUUAUGUAGUCAAUGCCCAGUUGGCUGUUCGACAUGUUUAAGCGCCGAGUCAUGUGGAAGUUGCGAGGAGACAUAUACUAAAAUGGGGGAAAACUGCGUCAAAACUGGGUGUUUGAUGUAUGACUCGAACAACAUUUGUGUUGAUUGUCGCAGAGGUUAUUUCUUAAAGAAUGGUGAUUGUGAGGAAUGUUCGUAUGGUUGCAAAAGUUGUGAAACGAAUUCCACGUUCUGUGAUGAGUGUAAAACUGGAUAUUACCUUACCCAACAAAAAGAGUGUGUAUUAUCAAACACGAUUACAGGAUGUGCUGGAAACUAUUCGAUGUCUGGGUGUUUAGUUUGUGCAACUGGUUAUUAUUUGGAUAAUUGGUUGUGUUCAAAAUGUUCUAUCAAUUGUGAUUCGUGUUACAACACAACAUAUUGUACACAAUGCGACGCAACUUCGUAUCUAGUAAAUGGGACGUGUGUUCUUUCGAAAGCGAUGACUGGGUGUAUGACAAAGAGUGGGUUAGGUUGUCAAAAAUGUUUUACUGGAUACAAAUUGAGUUCAAAUGGCACGUGCAAGAGAGUUGUAAAUACGUCACUGAUGAUAGCCAUUUCGUUGGUUGUAUUUGUUGUUGUCAUAGGUGUUGUUUUACUAGAAGCUGUCAAAUGUAGAAAUGUCAUCAAUACAAGUAAGAAUAAGAUAUUGGAUAUCAACACCUCUCCAAUGAGUAGCAAUUCAGAGAAAUACACCAAAAUAGAAGAGCUCUUGUUUGACCACAAUAAAAUCGAUUUUGAUGAUAUCAAAGGUCUUCCAGUUAAGUGGGAGACAACGCGGCUGAUCACUGUUGCUAACCCAACAAAGCAGAUUUUUGUGUUAUACUUUUUGCAACACGAAGACUCAAAGAAAAAUUUUAUGUUCCGAACUGAACCAGAGAGUACAUUCCUCAGACCAAAUCGUGAGUGUGAAUUCAAAAUUUUCAUUCAACCACUUUGCACAUGCAAAGUGAAUGAAACUAUUGAUGUUGUUUUAGUACCACAAACAACAAAAUCGCCACAUAUUGUCAAACUCCCAAUCGAGUUUUCAACGCAAUUUUUCGCAGAUAACUUGGACAGUAAUGAAAUUGAAACGACAGAAACAGUAAUCGACCACGAAUACGCAACUACGUACAAAGGAGUUUACCGAGGCGUCAAUGUUGUUAUAAAAAAAUUUAAAAACAUCAGCGGGUACGAGAGCGCAAAACAAUUCAGAUGUGAGGCUACAACUGCUUGUUGGUUUACCUCCCAGUAUUUGGUCAAUUGCAUUGGUGCAGUGACUUCAAAUCAAGUGUUCGAAACAGUCAACCAAUAUUAUACCAAUGGAAAUUUAAAACAGUUUAUCACAUCAAAGGCGGAGAUGUCCGACACAUCUCGUAGAAGUGUUUCAAAGUGUUGUUUAGAGGGCAUUCUAUAUCUCCACAAAAACAAAGUUUUCCAUGGCAAUUUGAAACCAGAAAACGUCUUAAUUGAAAUCGAUGAUGAUGGUCUGGCAAAUGCCAGACUUUGCGAUUAUAACUCCAAAAUGACGACUGAGUACAUUCUUUCACAUCUUGAUGAUAAAAAUGUCGAAUUGAUAUAUUUGGCACCAGAGUUGUUACAUCACGAAAAGUAUGACUUACCAUCAGACAUUUAUUCCCUUGCUAUGAUCAUUUACACGUCAUUAAAUUGGGCUCUUAUUGUCCCUUCUAAGAAUUUCAACACCAACUGGGAAGUUGUUGAAUUUAUGGAACAAAACCAUAAACUCCCACAAGAAAAGAUCCCAGAUGAAAAUUUUAAUGUUUUGGUGGAAAUGUGGAAUGGAGUACCAAAAGAAAGACCAAGCGCCGAAAGACUUCAAAACAAAUUUUCGUUCUAA